CAAAAGUUAGAACAGUUGCCAAGCUAGUUUGUUUGCUGAAUAGUUCAACUUUCAAAGUUCAUCAUUGCAUUCAGCUUGUCUGCCCAGCCCUAGUGUAAGAUUUGGAUGGAUGUCAAGACGUGGCUUUGUAAGAGAUUCCUCAGAUUAGCUACGCGUCUACCGCUCCAGAGCUGAGUGACGACGCUCGCUACGACUUCUUCUCUCGGGUGGUGCCGCCCGACACCUUCCAAGCACAGGCCAUGUUGGACAUCGUCAUGGCGAUGGGGUGGAACUAUGUGUCCACGCUGGCGUCGGAGGGCUCGUACGGUGAGAGCGGCGUGGAGGCCUUCAUCCAGAUCUCACGGGAGUCAGGUGCGGUGUGCAUCGCUCAGUCCCAGAGGAUCCCCAGAGAGCCCACGCGUGGAGAGUUUGACAGAGUCAUCUUCCGCUUGUUAGAGACACCUAAUGCACGCGCAGUCAUUACGUUUGCUAAUGAGGAUGACAUCAGGCGCGUGCUUGAUGCUGCCAAACGCAACAAUCUCACAGGCCACUUCCUGUGGGUGGGGUCAGAUAGUUGGGGCUCCAAAGUGUCUCCCGUGGUGCAUCAGGAGGACGUAGCAGAGGGGGCCAUCACCAUCCUGCCCAAGAGGGCCGCCGUGUCUGCUUUUGACAGAUACUUCAAGAGCCGUUCUUUGUCCAACAAUCGACGGAAUGUUUGGUUUGCUGAAUUUUGGGAAGAAAACUUUGAAUGCAAGUUAGGGAUGCAUGCCAAACGGCCAGGCAGUCUGAAGAAGUGCACAGGACUGGAAAAAAUCGGCAGAGACUCGGACUAUGGGCAAGAGGGGAAGGUUCAGUUUGUGAUGGAUGCAGUGUAUGCCAUGUCCCAUGCACUGCAUAAAAUGCACCAAGACCUUUGCUCAGGAUAUCCAGGGCUCUGCCCACGGAUGAGUAACAUUGACGGCAAAAAGCUGCUUAACUACAUCCGGGCAGUCAACUUCAGCGGUAGUGCCAAGACCCCGGUGGUGUUCAAUGAGAACGGAGACGCUCCUGGGCGCUAUGACCUGUUCCAGUACCAGUCCUCCAACACUUCAGCAGGGGAAUACAAAGCCAUCGGCCACUGGAUAGACCAGCUGCAGAUAGACAUGGAUGCCCUGCAGUGGACCAGCGGGGACUACUCGGUGCCCCCCUCUGUGUGCAGCGCACCUUGCCGGACAGGUGAGCGCAAGAAGAUGGUGAAGGGUGUGCCCUGCUGCUGGCACUGUGAGAGGUGCGUGGGCUUCCACUACCAGGCCAGCGAGCUCACCUGCGAGCUGUGCCCGUACGAGCAGCGGCCCGAUCUCAACGGCACCGGCUGCGCGCCCAUCCCCGUCGUCCAGCUGGACUGGCGCUCGCCCUGGGUGCUGGUGCCCGUGCUCCUGGCCGUGCUGGGCAUCCUGGCCACCGUGUUCGCCAUGGCCACCUUCGCGCGCCACAACGACACGCCCAUCGUGCGGGCGUCGGGCCGCGAGAUGAGCUACGCGCUGCUGACGGGCAUCUUCCUGUGCUACGCCACCACCUUCGCCAUGGUGAGCGCGCCGGGCGCGGGCACCUGCUCGCUGCGCCGCGUGCUGCUGGGCCUGGGCAUGAGCGUCAGCUACUCGGCGCUGCUCACCAAGACCAGCCGCAUCCACCGCAUCUUCCAGCAGGGGGCGCGCUCGGUGGCGGCGCCGCGCUUCAUCAGCCCGCCCUCGCAGCUGGCCAUCACCUGCAGCCUCACCUCCGUGCAGCUGCUGGGCGUCCUCGCCUGGUUGGUGGCCGACCCGCCCAACGCCGUGGUGGACUACGGCGAGCAGCGCGGACGGGAGCCGGCGGGCGCCCGCGGCACGCUCAAGUGCGACAUCUCGGACCUGGGCCUGAUCUGCUCGCUCAGCUACAGCAUCCUGCUGGUGGUCACCUGCACCGUCUACGCCAUCAAGACGCGCGGCGUGCCCGAGACCUUCAACGAGGCCAAGCCUAUCGGAUUUACGAUGUACACCACCUGCAUCAUAUGGCUGGCCUUCAUCCCAAUCUUCUUUGGAACAGCACAGUCAGAAGAAAAGAUGUACAUUCAGACCACGACGCUGACCAUGUCCCUCAGCCUGAGUGCCUCCGUGUGCCUGGGCGUGCUCUACAUGCCCAAGGUCUACGUCAUCCUCCUCCACCCCGAGCAGAACGUGCCCAAGCACAAGCGCAGCUUCAAGGCCAUCGUCACCGCCGCCACCAUGUCCAGCAAACUCAGCCAGCUGGCCAGCGACAGGCCCAACGGGGAGGCCAAGACGGAGCUCUGUGAGCCCAAGGAGAGCAGCCCUCCACCUUCAAAGAACACAUAUGUGAGUUACACCAACCAUGCCAUGUGAAAGCAGAACAGUGCUUCAUACAGAUGCGCAUUGGGGUCCGAUCUUACGUGAUUCUUAAUCUGAGACACAUCUAAAGGAAGAGGCCAUAGAGAGAUGCGAGCGAUUGAAAGAUGAGUAGUGAGAAUAAUAAUAAAAAAAACUGUCACGAUAGUUAAAUUCAGUGUAAAUAUUCAGUGGCUGUCAUGAUUUUAAAUUGUUGUUUUCCAACAGUGUCUGACCAGCAUUAUGAAAGUCAUUUGUCAUUGCUAGCGGCAAAGUUGGAUUAUAGCCCUGAAAUCUGAGUGUGUGUGAA